AUGUACGACACGUACGAUGAGGUUGCCCAGCUGGGCAUCAGGGAUCCGGACUUUACAAAGUACCUCAAAGCCCGCAACCUCGAAAACAUGACCAGCUUCGCCCAACUCCCGGGCUUCCUCGACCCGGACAGCAGCACCGGCCGCGACCAAGGCACCGUCAUCCCCGUCCCCAUGCGCGACGGCACCACCAACCCCCUGCGCCUGCACAAACCCCCCGCCGCUGCCGCCGACCCCGCCCGCCCCAGCCCGCUCAUCGUCCUCCUCUACGGCGGCGGUUUCGUCUGGGGCGACAACACCCAGUCGUCGCCGCUCGCCCGCGUCCUGGCCCGCCUGCACCGCGCCACCGUCGUGCAGCCCACCUACCGCCUCGCUCCCACCCACCGCUUCCCCACCGCCGCCCACGACGUCUGGGACGCCAUCGAGUGGCUCGCCGACCCGGCCGGCGACGCCUCCCGCCUCCUCGGCCCCGACGUCGACCUCUCCGCCGCCGGCUUCGUCGUCGGCGGCCUGUCCGCCGGCGCCAACCUCGCCGCCGUCACCGCCCAGGCCUGGAUAUCCGCCCGCCGCACCCCCGCCCUGUCCGGCCUGCACCUCGGCUGCCCCGGCCUGUUCGAGGGCGGCGAGCGCCACGUCCCCGCCGCCUACCGCCCGCUGUGGUUCUCGCGCGAGCAGAACGCCGACGCCCUCAUCACCGGCACCGCCGUGCUGGAGCGCGUCUUGGCUGCCUAUGCCCCCGACACCGCCUCGCCCGAGUGGAACCCGGUGAAUGCCGGCGAGGAGCACUCGCUGGGGUUCCCGAAGACGUUUGUGGGCGUGGCGGGCGACGAUCCGUUGAGGGAUGAUGGGCUGGUCUAUUGGCGCAUUCUGAGAGACAAGGGGACCGAGACGAGGCUGGACGUUGCCCCGGGCGUGCCGCAUGGCCAUACCGUGUUUAAGGGGUUGGAGGCGGCGACGAAGUCGAACGUGGAGGCGGUCAGGGCGUAUGGCUGGAUGUUGGGGGAUGAGAAGACGGACCAGGAGAUCAUGGACGCGCUGGAGAAGGAGGAGCUGAUCUAG